AUGGUGAGCGGAACGGGGUGGGGGGGGACCAGGGGGCGGUUGGGACGGUGGGGAGACCUGGGGCCCAGAUCAGUGCCUCUCCUUCCCACACCGCCACCACCUCCUCCUUCUGUAUGUUGGGGAUCUGGAGGAGGGAGGAUUUCCAUCUUCUCUCUGUCCCCUGCCCCUCAUACAAGAAGCUCCCCCUCUUCAUCUCUCCCACUGGCCUUGAGUGCCCCCUGCCCAGCACCACAGGGGUCAGGGGUUGCUCAGCCUUGCCACAGUGCCUUCUCCACCCCGAAGCGGGCACAGCCAGCUACGUUGCCUGCCUCUUCUUCCCCCUCCUGGGGAUCCCACUCUCUUCCACCCCUGGCCUCGGUGACUCCCAAUCCUUCACGCCGAUGCCCCCAGGAUCCUCCUGGGCUUCGGAUAGGCCCUCUGAUCCCUGAGCAGGAUUAUGAAAGGUUGGAGGACUGUGACCCUGAUGGGUCCCAAGAUUCACCUCUCCAUGGGGAGGAGCAGCAACCCCUGCUCCAUGUGCCUGAAGGACUCCGGGGCUCUUGGCAUCACAUCCAAAAUCUGGACAGCUUCUUCACCAAGAUCUACAGCUAUCAUCAGCGGAAUGGCUUUGCCUGUAUCCUGCUGGAGGAUGUCUUCCAGCUGGGACAAUUCAUUUUCAUUGUCACCUUUACAACCUUCCUUCUUCGAUGCGUGGACUACAACGUUCUCUUUGCCAACCAACCAAAUAACCAGACCAGAUCGGGGCUGCAGCAUAGCAAAGUGACUCUGUCAGAUGCCAUCCUGUCCUCCAAGCAGUGUGCUGAGAGGAUCCACUCCAGUUCCCUGCUGGUCUUUCUUUUGGUCCUGGCUGCAGGCUUCUGGCUGUUCCAGCUGCUUCGCUCAGUCUACAACCUUUUCAGCUUCUGGGACAUCCAGGUGUUUUACAAGGAAGCCUUGCACAUCUGCCCGGAGGAACUGAGCUCCAUGCCUUGGGCGGAGGUGCAAUCCCGCCUGCUAGCACUGCAGAGGAGUGGUGGACUGUGCGUGCAGCCUCGGCCGCUGACGGAGCUGGAUGUCCACCACCGCAUCCUGCGCUACACCAACUACCUGGUGGCCCUGGCCAACAAGGGCUUGCUGCCCGCCUGCUGCCCACUGCCCUGCGGAAGGAGCGUGGCCUUUCUUAGCCGCGGCCUGGCCCUCAACAUCGACCUGCUCCUCUUCCGCGGCCCCUUCUCCCUCUUCCGCGGCGGCUGGGAGCUGCCCGACGCCUACAAGCGUAGCGAACAGCGGGGCGCCCUGGCCGCGCGCCUGGGCCGCACCGCGUUUCUGCUAGCAGCCGCCAACCUGGCACUGAGCCCCCUGGUGCUGGCCUGGCAGGUGCUGCACGCCUUUUACAGCCAUACGGAACUGCUGCGGCGCGAGCCGGGCGCGCUGGGGGUCCGCGGCUGGUCCCGCCUGGCGCGCCUGCAGCUGCGCCACUUUAACGAGUUGCCGCACGAACUGCGGGCGCGCUUGGCGCGCGCCUACCGCCCUGCCACCUCCUUCCUGCGCGCCGCCGCGCCGCCCGCGCCCCUGCUCGCCCUGCUGGCGCGCCAGGUCGUCUUCUACGCGGGCGCGCUCUUGGCCGCGCUGCUUGUGUUCACCAUCUACGACGAGGACGUGCUCGCGGUGCAGCACGUGCUUACCGCCAUGACCGCGCUCGGUGUCACGGCGACCGUGGCUAGGUCUUUCCUUCCGGAUGAGAAAUUCCAGGGUCGCUCCGCGCCCCAGCUCCUCCAGGCCGCCUUGGCGCACAUGCAUUACCUCCCAGAGGAGCCCGGCCCCGCCGGCAAAACUAGCGCUUACCGGCAGAUGGCGCAGCUGCUUCAGUACCGGGCGGUCUCCCUGUUAGAGGAGCUCCUUUCCCCUCUUCUCACCCCGCUGUUUCUUUUCUUCUGGCUUCGCCCUCGUGCUCUGGAGAUUAUUGACUUUUUCCAUCACUUCACUGUGGAUGUGGCCGGGGUUGGGGACAUCUGCUCCUUUGCUCUUAUGGACGUGAAGCGCCAUGGCCACCCUCAGUGGCUUUCAGCAGAUCAGACAGAAGCCUCCCUGGCUCAGCGUGCAGAGGAUGGAAAGACCGAGCUCUCCUUAAUGAGAUUCUCCCUGGCUCAUCCACAAUGGCGCCCCCCAGGGCAUAGCUCUAAGUUCCUCGGGCAUCUUUGGGACCGAGUUCAACAAGAUGCAGCCACUUGGGGCGCUACCUCCGUCCGAAGCCCCCCGACCCCUGGGCUGCUUAGUGACUCCAGCUUGCCUCUGCCAGAGGCCUACCUGGCCAAUCUCCUGGUGCACCCUCUCGUUCCUCCAAGAGAUCUGAGCCCCACAUCCCCCAGCCCUGCUGCAGCCACAGCCAGCCUCCUGGCAUCCAUAUCCAGGAUUGCUCAGGAUCCAAGCUGUGUGUCUCCAGGAAGCAAUGGAGGCCAGAAACUGGCCCAGUUCCCAGAGCUUGCUUCUACUGAGAUGAGUCUUCAUGCCAUCUACCUGCACCAGCUACAUCAGCAGCAGCAGCAGCAGGAACUGUGGGGAGAGGCUUCAGCCUCUUCAUUGUCAAGACCUUGGUCUAGUCCUUCACAUCCACUCUCGCCUGAUGAGGAGAAACCAUCCUGGUCAAGUGAUGGCUCCAGCCCUGCCUCUAGCCCCAGACAGCAGUGGAGAACACAGAGGGCACAGAACCUGUUCCCCGCAGGGUUUCAGGAGACCACAGAGACCCAGCAGGAGUCUGGGCAGGCCCCUGCUACUGACUGA